AUGAUUUCAGCUUUGUUCAUUCUUAAUCUCAAAGGUGAAGUCUUGAUCAGUAGGUUAUAUCGUCCAGAUGUCAAACGUUCAAUCGCCGAUAUCUUUCAAAUCCGCGUGAUCUCAAAUCCAGAUGUACGAUCACCUAUUAUCACCUUAGGAUCUACUUCAUUCUUUCAUGUUAGACAUCAAAAUUCAUAUUUAGCUGCUGUCACUAAAACCAAUGCAAAUGCUGUGAUUGUCUUUGAAUUUCUCUAUUGA